AUGAGUCAACUACAACCCUACAACCUCUCCCUCUCGAGCUCCAGUCCUGCCUUCAUAUAUUCACCAUUUCGCGACGGCUACUGGGGCACGAAUGGAGAUCUGGCGGGAGGAUGGAGGUCGUCAUUCAAGGGUGCACCGUUAUCCUGGCCGGCAGCAAACAUAAACAACUUGAUUGAUGGAGUUGCGUAUGAGGAGACGUGGAAGGAUGGGGCGAGUGUGACAUUUACCUUUGAGGGCACAGGCUUCUACUUUUGUUUGACAUCAUAUGCGCCCAACACUUACAGCGUAUCUAUGAAUGGGACUGCUGCGGGCUACCUGAUACAAACAGGGCCAUGCGGUAGCAACGGAAACGUGAUGGCAUUCAUGGACAACCUGCCAUACGGGAGCCAUACCGUGCAGUUAGUAGCGCACCCAACAUCAACCGAGUUGGACCAGGGUAGUGUGCAGUUCUAUGGAGCGAAUGUUACGCUUGGCAUGAAUGGGACGUACACCCAGAACAUAGUGAUCGACGAUCGCGACCCAGCUUGGUUCUACUAUGGGAAUUGGACCGCUACCACCGCAAACCCCUACGCAACAUCGGGCAGUUUGCACCGUAAUUGCUGGUACAACCCCUCCAGCCUUGCGCGGUACACCUUCAGCGACGCCAAUGUAGUGUGGCUGCUGGGGCAGCCUUGGAUCGACGCCGGGCCAUACACGGUGUCCCUCACUGGCGGUGGAAAGAAUACCACCGUCACGUACAAUGCUUCCAACUUCUGGACGUCGCCGCAGGUGAUUCUGUUCGCUGCGGCGGACUUGGACCCAGGUCAGAAAUACACUAUCACGCUGACGAAUUUCGACUCGAGUCAGCCGGGCUCCACUAUUCCAGUAGUGGCAAACGAGGGCAACCAGACCUGCACGAGCGUGGAUGCACUCGUGUUGACACAGACGCAGCCCCUGCCGUCACCACCUGGAGGGUCGAGCGGAAACUCAACAGGACCCAUCGUUGGCGGGGUGAUUGGGGGUGUGGGCGGGCUGUUACUGCUCGCUCUGCUCUGGUGGUGGUGGAGGAGACAUCAAGCACGAAAUCGCAAUCCUCGAGGACAAGUGGACCUGAAUGACCCACUUGAGGACGCGCUCCAGGCCUCAAGACAGGAACCAUCUCCUUUCUUCCUUGGUAUGCUCUCUGCGUUUAUGACAUCCAUCUUAUUCUCACCGAAAGCGUGUCGUCAGGAGUCGCUCCACCACGAAGGAGCGGCGAACGCCUCCUCCGGUCGCGCAGCUCUUCCAACACCAGGUCUCCUCCAUCCCCUCCAGCUGAGGCAAACGACCUUCCCACCUACUCUGUUCAAGACUCAAUAA